AACCACAGCGGUCAAAAAUAAAAAAAAGAACGGUCGGCUAUCAUGGACGAAGAGGUGGAUCCGUCGUGCGCUCCGGUUUAUUACACUGCAACUGCGGGGCAGGUUCCAUGCGGCGGCGGAUCAUCCACCAAUGGCGGCGGGGAUGCUAGCUGCCGGCAGCAACCACCCCACACCUCCUUACCUCAACAAGAAGAAGACUACUCAUCAUUUGACAUCGUCAAGGCUACACAAUAUGGAAUCUUUGAGAGGUGCCGUUACCUGAUUGAGGUAGAAGGCUACAACGUGAACCAGCCUGAUGCAGAGGAUGUAACAUUGCUGCACUGGGCAGCCAUCAACAACCGCCGUGAGAUUGUCAUCUUCUACAUUUCAAAGGGAGCUGUGGUAGAUGCCAUAGGUGGAGAACUGCGCUCCACGCCGUUGCAUUGGGCCACUAGGCAAGGCCACCUGGGCAUGGUAGUGCUACUCAUGCGGCACGGUGCAGACCCAUCCCUGGUGGACGGUGAAGGCUGCACCUGCAUCCACCUGGCCGCGCAGUCAGGCCACACUGCCAUCGUGGCCUACCUGGUGGCCAAGGGGCAGCCAGUCAACCAGGCAGACAGCAACGGCAUGACUCCCCUCAUGUGGUCCGCCUACAGGGUGAUGACGAAUGACCCGUCCCGCUUGCUCAUCACGCUGGGUGCGAGCCUCACCAUGUGCGACACCUACCACAGGAACACGCCCUUGCACUGGGCUGUGUACGUGCGCAACAGCAGUGCGGUGUCCCUGCUCAUCAAGGCCGGCUCUGAUCUCUCUGCCAGGAAUGCCCAGGGCGACACUCCGCGCAUGAUGGCUGAGAAGCUCAAGUCUGUCUGGAUAGAAGAGCGCCUCUUGGAGGCGGAAGCAGCUCAAGCAGGUGCUCGAGGUCAUUUCCUGGUGCGCAUUGUUCGAGACAAGACAUUAAAGUAUUGGGCCAUGUUCAGCUCUCCAUUUGUGGCCUUCUACGCUGUUGGCCUCAUCUUCGACAGCCAAGAAACUUAUCUAGUCAAGUUUGGUCUUCUAUUUAUUAUGGGCCUAGCCACCAUGUUCCUUUCCAAUAUCUUGGCGUGCCCCAGAGGCCAGUCCUUUCUCGAGGAGCUGUUUUCUCAAUGCGGCCUUCAUCAAACCCCCUACCGGUGCCCCUGCAGCAGCAAACUGGCGGCUCGAUGUUUAUUUGAUGAACGCACUAUGAACGUUCUCCCGAUGGCUGUAUACCUGGCCACUAAGUUCUGGAUGUAUAUCACGUGGGUGACAGACCUAUGGCCUUAUGUUGGCACCUUUUGGGUCAAUGUGGGCUUUGUGAUCUCAUCUGUUCCACUGUUCUACUCUUUCUACAAGUCGUGGCGGGCAGAUCCAGGAAUCAUCAGUGCCAACGUGGAACAAAAGUACAGGACGAUAGUGGAUCUGGCUGAGCGAGAUGGCUUCGACCCGGCCGUGUUCUGCAGCACCUGCCUUGUACGUCGGCCACUGCGCUCCAAGCAUUGCUCUGUGUGCAACCACUGUGUGGCUCGCUUCGACCACCACUGCCCGUGGGUCAACAACUGUGUUGGGGCUGGGAACCAUGUGUACUUUGUCAACUAUUUAAUUUUCCUUCUGGCCAUGCUGGGCUGGUCGUGGUACGGCUGCUUUGCAUUCUGGAAGGAGCACACGCUCUGGGCAGCCCUGUCCCAGAGUGGUUGGGUGGCCUGGAUUGCAUUCAACACGCUCCUGCACAGUGCUUGGGUCAGCUGUCUGCUCCUCUGCCAGCUGUACCAGAUGGUGUGGUUAGCCAUGACCACCAACGAACGCAUGAACUGCAACCGGUAUCCACACUUCAGGCGGAGCAGUUCAGGACGUGUAAUUAGCCCAUUCAACAUGGGGCCAUUCAAGAACUUGGCCGACUUUUGUGAAUGGCGCUGCCUGGGAGCAAAGCCUCAGGACUGGAGACACAUCUACGACACAAAUGAGGAUGAUGACGAAAAGCAAACGCUGCUUCAUUAUGUGUAAUGAAUGAGGCAGCUGCUUGGCCUUGCCAAGAACAUUGAGCAAGAUGGUGGCGUUGUUUAGACAUCUGUGAUCAAAGCUGCAGUGAACCCUGGAAGGAGUGUGUGUGCUUCACCAACAAGACCUUCUUGGUGGUGUGGACAGAAACAAGCUUUGUGUUCAUCAGCAACAUUUUGGAUUCUGUGCUCUCUUCUUUGUAGGCCUGAGCUGGACUUUGUUUUGUAUUUCAAAGCACGUUUUUGCUAAAUUUAAGACAUAUUCAAAGAAAUUGAGCAGUGUUGACAUUGUCAACACAUGCAAAAAAAAAUGUUGGCGGUUGUAGAGCAAUUUCAUUGUGUAUAUAGUAGAGCAAAAAAUGCAGCUUCAUUUUUCCAUAUUGCGAGUUGGAGGGUUAUCAUUGUGUGAAAGUAUAUGUGCUUGUCAUCCCUGUGUGUUGGCCAACAGCCUGGUGCUUUCAUUUGGCCUUGCUUUAUCAAACGAAAAGUUUCAUGUUUAUUGGAGAAUGCUAUUGAUAGCUAUGUUAAACUAUGCAAUGAAGGAUGAAAUGAUUGACCACUUUGUUGUUGUGAGAGAUGCUGUUAUAUAUUGUUUCAUGCAAUUUUCUUCAAAACUUGUUUUCUCUUUCUUAGUGACCCGAUUCUGCCAGAAAUGGCCAAUAUUUUGGUACAUUCCUUACUGCAGCUUAGAAUGUGGUACCGUAUUAACAUGAAUAUAAUGAAAGCAUUUAUAAAUAUGCCUAAUUAGCAAUUUGAGGAAGCAUACUUGCAGCAUGUUGAAACAGUAGUGGUCCUUGGAAGGUGUGAGUGCAAGCGAAUCUGCUUCCUGUCUGGAGCAUUUUAGCACAGUGCAACUCGGAUGGACAUCCCCUGGCUGUUGAAAACAACAGACGAGCGCAGUGACGAUCACAAGUAUUACACCAUAAAUGUAGCUGAAAGUUGAAACAUCAGCAUGCGACUGACGUGUCUCGCGCAAUAUGCCUGCAGUGCACAAAUAAGCCAGCAGCACCAAAACUGACUGCAAAGUGCAGUCAUACUGCUACUGCACGAAUAACAUGGCCAAUAUGGGAAAAGGUGGUUUGCCUCUCGGCUAGUACUAAUUUGGUAUAAUGUGUGGAUGGUACUUUAUAAAACGUGUUUAAGCUCGCAUUGUGCACCUUGGAAUCAUAUCUUUUUCUGCACGCAUCACCCGGUGACCCCUCUCAUUUUAUAUUUUGUGCAAAAGUAUAUAAUACUGCAAUACCUAAAGGUCAUCAUACAAAGUAUGUCAGGUUCAUGAAUCCCAUUGUUAGUAUCAUGAGGGCUAGAUGAAAAUUUUUUUCGUGGGAAAAGAGCUAGACCAGAGUUUUCCUUCAUGCAAUCCUCUUCACUUGGGUCUGAAAGGGUGUCUGCAUAACAAUACGAGACGGGUGAGCGAGAUGUGUGUGUCAAAUGUAAAAUAGAAAGAGGCACUCUGAAAAUUUUCAGAAUAUCAAUAGCACAUUUCUUGUCAAAGUUAUGCAUGCUUGCAAAAAAACAAUUUACUGUGCUGCUGGUCUCAUCACUUAGAUGCCAUACAAAAAGAAGCGCAUGCACAAAGGGAUUACAGGUUACUUAUGUGAUCAACAGCGGGUAUUCCCCCCCCCCCCCCCCCAGCUCCACACACACGCACGCACUUUUUAUUUUGUCCGUCUAAACACCUGCUAGGGCCCUCAGAAUGGAACCUGUUCUGGAUGAGAAAGAUCCACCUAAAAGUUUAUCGAAACGCUUUGUAGAAGGGAGUCGAAUGUGGAGCAUGUUUGACAGUUACUACCAUUCCAUCUGCUACCAAAGAGCAACACAGGGCUGCAAACGUUAGCUUUCAGGGAAAAUAAGUUGGCCCAAGUAGCAGCUGAUUUUUCACAUCUGGGGUGGUGUAAAUAUAUUUCCUGGAACAGACAAAUGAGAACAAUUAUGGUGCAGUGACAGGAUAGCCUCAAGUGGAGAAGCACUAGCAGUACAGCUAAUUACAAAAUAUGGAAUGAGCAGCUCGAUUUUGUACAGCUUAAUGGAAUGUAAUUUCUUGGAUCCCAAGCAGCAUAUGCUUAAGUAAAAGCUCGUUUAUUAUGAUUGUAUGGGAAUGCUUUGUGACGUGUAAUUAAAACGACAGUGCAGGGAUACAAGAGUAGGCUGUACACAGCACAGUGUGUCUGCUUCUCCUCUGUGUGGCACAUUUAUGGAUGUUGAAAAGUUUGAGCUAAUGAAAGUCAACAGUAUUCAGCCUGAGGAAUCGCAAUCUGCUUUCCUAAUCUUGGAAUAGCGUUCAGCCAGCAGGGCUCAGAUGAGGAAAUCUCCCAGUUGCCACACAUGCGCAGAAUAUGUGUGCAAAAUGUAUUCAUUUGUUUACAGUGGGUCAAGGUAGCACGACACCAAAUAUGCAGGAUCAUUUCUAGAUUAGACGACAGUCAGAACAUUGCUCACUGAUAGGGCUUUCCAGUGCAAUUCAGCUACUCGUGAUCAUCUAUGGCGUUCGGAAGCAGCUGCAUCUCGUGAUGCAGGGGUGACGCUGCAGUGCUCAUUUGGAAUUCAGCAUGUUUCCACAGCAUGCACCUGUUGUGACUUUCUGUUCAGCUUGGAUGCACCAUUUCAGCUCUUCUUUUUUUUUUUUCAUUAGUCAAGAGAAGUGCAGCUGCAGUUUACCAGAAGAGGAGGAGGCUUCAUAUAGCCGGCGUGCAUAGUGCUAUGCACUUAUAGUCAUGGUGGCUAGAUCUCUUUAGACCUUUGGAAUUUAAAUGGCAUGGCCCAAUUAAGGUCAUGCCACAACCAAGGUAUGAACGGGCGGAGUGCAACUUCCACAAUGAAAAGAAUGGGGUGGCCCCAAGGGUGGGGCAGGGCAGUCUGAAACCUUUUGUUGCAAGAGAGUGUCGAGGGAAUGCCCUUACCGCGCACAUUCCAUAUUUAAAAAAAAAAAUGUGUUACGUAAGAUUACAGAGCUUUUCAUCCAACCCUCAUAUGUGUAAUGAGGGCCCAGAUGCAGUCGAACCUCAUUAUAACGAAGUGGCAUCGGUCACAGAAAUACCUUCCUUAUAUUCAAUGUAAAUAUGUACGCAGAUAUAGGCAACUAAAUAAUGCAAUCAGUUUUAUGCUUAAAAAUGCAAGUGGGGUGCCUAUGACGGUCCAGCUAAAGAGUGUCCUGUAGACUCUCAUGGCCAGUUGCCAUCUUGCCUUGCUGAUGCGAGGCACGGGAGCAUCAAGAAAUUAUACAAUCGCUCUGCACCACCACGAAGACUAAACUGUGCGAUCAGUGUUAUUGCAAGGGAUCUGUAUGUGUGCUUGCCGGUCUGAGCAAGCCAAGCUGGUGCUGCCACCAGACUUUUUGGACUUGGAGGGGACCGCACAUGCAUCCAAACUCCACCACUAUGGCUGUCAGUUUGAUGAGGUCUACGAGUGCAAACGACAAGCAUCUCGCGAUGCCCUGUCACCAGCUGCUCUGCCAGCCGCGCUUAAUGGGACCUAGAAACGAUUUUGACUAUUCUUAGUCGGUCGAGUAGGUCUUUUUAAUCAUUAAGAGACAGAUUUAAGUGCUGUGCACAAAGCAUGUAAUUUUUUAUAAGGUUUAAAAAAUGUGCAUUGAUUCCACUCUCCUACCACCCCGGUGGUUACUUAUGCUACGUGAUUUGGGUGAGUGAUUUCACUAUGGCGAGCGAUCCGAUUGGCUACCCUAGCAACGUCACAGACAUUGCUAGAAAUGUGUUGUUUCAUAAAGCCUCUUUUUAAUUCCAUACGUAUGCAUAGUAAUUUGCAGACCUUAAGAAUAAAUACACAAGUGCAAUAAACGUAGGCGUUUUUUCAAAGCAAUGGCCCGCUUUCCACCUGAGUAUACCAAUUGUCUGCUAAGGCUGUGGCAGCUUUGGCAACAGCACGUGAUGGAGGGGGGUUCUCAGUGAAAAUCAGUGCAGUGGUGUCUUAUUUGGUGGCAGAAACAUGAAUUAGUAACAGCGCUGUACUACGCUUCUGUUGCAGUGUAGCUACUGCGUGCUGCACCCGCAGUUUGGAAAAGAAAACCACAGGUUCCGCAUUUGUAAAGAGCCAAGUUUUGUUUAUAAUUUGCCUAGAAUGGUAGCAGAAAAAUAUCCCAACAGGCCAAGAUAAAAAAAAAAAAAACUUCGUCGAUCGUAGUCUCGCUGAGCCGCACGCCGAGCUUGCUUAUAGGCGGCUUCUUCCUCGGGAGGCUUGCCUUUCUUCGGUCUCCUCAUGGUAGCUGUGCACGCAUGUUCACUAGACGAGAGAGGCGACACGUCUGUCGUAGGGUUAGUAAUAUCGAUGAAUGAUUCAUCAAUGUCCACCUUUCGUUUAUUCGACCUAAUCGAUUAGGCCUGUUAGUUCGACAAUAUUGGUGCAAAAAUUUUGAAAUCGUACUGGAAGGGCGGCACACGAGCAGUGACUGUGCGGCUGUGGUAGAGCGACCGUCAACUGUUUUUCCGUGUCCCGAGAGAUGCCGAGCCGAGCGCUUUCCUCUCUUCCGCCACACCGCACAUGCCGCCGCGCGAAGCCGGAGAAUUGAAAUGCCGUUGCAAUUAAAGGCGCGCUAUAACAACCGAGUUGUUCAUUGUCGUGCCACUCUUAGUCCACUAAAGACGUGGUACAGCAUGCGCGCCGGUUUGGAGCAUGUUCGUAUUUGACAUAGCGAUGGAGUUGGUGUCGAUUCAAGCAAAUCUAAAUCGUCCGAGCAUCUAUUCUCGCAUGCUGGUUGUGUGGCCAUUCAAACAAGGUGUCGGUUUCACCCAAACAUGCCAGCCAAUUGACAUACUUUCGCUCACCUUCGCUCUGUAGAAAAGAGCAUGUGGUUUGAAAUGUUAAACAAGUAAUUUUCUUUUCCCCUGUGUAUAUUGCAAUUUCUUGCAUAUUUCAUUUGGACUUGACCUUUCACUUAUGCCAUUUUUCUAAUUCAUUUUAGCUGUACUGUGCAGGCAUUCACUAAUGCCAUGUAUGUUACUUCAUUCUGCACUAAGUGCCAUUUUAUAACAUAUAUUGUUUAUCUUUUCAAAAGGCACUAGUGCCAACUAUAGUUAGUCUUUAACAAGUUAAAGAUUACCUGUAUUUUAUACACUUGUGUUUCAAAUUUGGUUCUACCUCUCAAACUUUAAAAUAGGGUCCUACAAAUGUAAACAACUGUGUUUCAACCUGUUUAUAGUGCCCGGCAAAAAUUUUGACUAAUCGAUGAAAAACCCUGCAUCGAAAGCGAUUAAAGGAUAAAAUGAUGAAUCGUUAAUCGAACAAGAAAAUCCUAGUCGCCGGCUGCUCAGAGCUUUCUAGCAUAUCAGGGCUAAGCGAACACUUGCUUCUCCAUAAGCUGGGGAGAGGGAAGGCGAAGCAGCGAGACUCUGCCCUACGCACGUGUGAGGAGUUUGCGUGGCACAGCUGGGCCGAGUUUUCUGUCAGCACGAAACAGCUGCGCUGCAAAACCGUUUCAGGGACCCGCUACACCUAACCAGCGCCGCUUUGUUGGGAGUUGGCAACCAGUUGUUCAACAUGGCAGUAACUUUGUUCAUGGCUGCCGUCGUACUUGCAGCAUCGCACUUGAGGUUUAAGCUCAAAACAUUGUGCACCGUCCAAAAUGUCAGUUAAUGCCUUGAUGUUAUGAGUGGCGGUGCCCCAAAGAAGUCCAAACACUUGCGCAGGUCCGAAAAAUGAGCCGUCUAGAAAUUCUGUCGGCGACUGUAUUUGACAUCUUUGCUACCAGAAUGUAUAUUUUGAGACAUUUGCAUGCAAACAAAAAUUUGCUUCGCUCUAACUGAUAUCGUUUCGGAUCCUGCAUUUUUAAUUUCAUUAUAGUAGGAGAUUACUCUAUUGACUAGCCAACCAAAUUUUAGAUUUUCUUUAGGUUCAAUAAUGUGUUAUAUCCAUGUUCGUUAUAUAGAGGUUCGACUGUAGUAGGCUGAAAUGAAAUAAUUAGACAUUCACCAGCGGUUUGUGCCUAAUUAGUGUAGUGUUUGCCAGAAAAGUUAUUGUGUUUUCUGAUGCUAUUUCUGAAUGCCGGUUAGACAUGUUGUGAUCUCUUGUUGCUGAACAUUGUGGAAAAUCAUUUUUGAAGUAAUUGUCUGAGUGCUCCCAUAUUUAUCAAGUCUCAGGACUUUCAUCUUUUUUGUUUACACUGCUUUUUAAAUGUUGCUUCAAGUGUCAAGGUUUCCCUGUAUUUUUGUGUGAUUUUUGAUAUGCUGACAUUUCGUUAUAGAGACAUUUGACUUAAACGCCUCAUAGAGCAUACAGUGUUUUAUGGAAAGAGUGCUUUAGCGGUCAGAAGUUUGUAGUGCAUUGUUCCUCAUUUAGCACAAGAAGUGACAGUCACACAUGUGCAAUCAGCAUUGCUGUCUAGGGUGCAUAUAAUUUUUGGGCAUUAACGCCUUGUUCUCGGAAUUUACUACUUGGCCUCAUCUUGGUAAGCAACUGCACAUUCAUCUCGGACAGUGCUUCUUUGUAACAGUUAUGCAUUUAAGUUGUUGUUCAGAGUACUGCACUGUCACUCACUAAAAGCUGGCAUUGUAUUGUCAUAGUGUUUGUACUGUCUUGCGCACAAACCUCUUUGUGGCAAUUCUCUUGCAUAAAAGCAAUUGUGUUUAAAUUUAUUUGCUUUGACGGUUUUUAGAAAGCUCUGUUAAGUAUGGUUGUUACUAACCCUGCCUACACAACUGUCCCUUUGGGUAUGUGAAGCCUGAGAGAUUUCAUCGCACAGAUGUCCACCAGAAUUCCAAGAUGUGCCCUUGUACAGGUCAAGGAGACAUUUCCCUGGACACAGCUCUGUGCCUGCUUUCAGAGAUUAAUCCAGUAUGGGUGGCAUAAGUGUGACACACCAAACCAGGAUUGGUUCCUGAGCUGUGUUUUCCUGUGCUUGUGGCAUUUCGGAUGAUAUGGCUUUUUCAUCUUUUAAAUGUGACUGCGCACACACUGCAACACACUCAGCUUUUAUUUGAACCAUUUUUUGAGACUGUAUGCAGAAUUCUGAAAAAACACUUGUUGCCAGGCAGAUAGCAUAGUUGUAGUCCUUGAGCUGGAGUACUCGACACGACGGUCAUUACUUGCACGAAAAAUCAAGAAGCAUAUUUGAAUAAUUAACAAAAAUCACAAAAUUUUUAACAAGUUAUUUGUAGCACAUGUUGCAAUCACAAAUUGUAGCUGAUCAAGGCAUAUCCACUUGGAACGAAUUCUGAGGGUGGCAAGUGUUUCAAGAUAUGUGCCAUCAGAAAUGCAGGAUUGUUCCAGUUACUUUUUUAACAAAAUGCCAUUCCAUGUAUUGAAGCAUGAAAGUAACUGAAACGCACAUGUAUUUCGUUGCACACUGUAGUAAUAUCCCGCACCUGAUGUUAUCCUGAAAAUUCGUCCCUAUAGAACACGCCAUGCGAACUCGCUGGCUACAAUUUAUAAACUAAAAUAUGUGCCAUAUGGUAAAUAAUUAACAAGGUAAUUAGUGAGUUCUUUUUACUUGAUUACACAAUUCCGCAUGCAAGGAGUAUCCACCUUUUUUAGUAAUGCAGCUCAAAUAUUGGAAUUGUGAUAUCUGCCAGAGGUAAUUUUAAAAAGUUCUGUACAAGUCAAAAAACACACCCAGUAUGUCCUUGUCUCAUUCCUGUUGGAGAAAGCUACAUGAGCAGGCUUCUGUGGUUUGACAGAAACAACAAAACUGUUGAUGUUGCAAAGACGGCUUGUUUGAAACUUCUUUUAUUGAUGCCAGGUGUUUUACAUUAUUUCUUGUAGGUGUUGUCACAAAAAAUAAUUUUCUUAAUGCAGAGUAUGGUCACUCUUGAUUGUAAAUAUGCUGUUUCUAGUCGAUUAUUAUGCGUUAGAAAACAAAAACAAAAGAUGCUGCGGAACGUGGUGUAUCUGCCUCAGGAGCCAAGUCGGCUGUUGACUGUCUUUCCUUCAGAAUUGAAGCUGUUCCAAGCACAGUUGCAGCUGACGUCACCUUAGAACUAUAGUUAUUGGUGACCCCAUAAGGCCAGGACAGUAGUGUGCACCUAUAACACUUCAUUGCAGUCAAAGAACAACCAAGAAGCAGCAGUAACACAUAUGGUUUCCCUGGCCAAAUGCCCAACCAGAGAUCACCAAGAUAUCAGCGUAUAUAUGGCCAACUUCAGUCGACAGAUGAACAUUGUAUUGCAAGCUUUUGCUUUGCGUUCCCGAUGCUGAUUUUCACCUUGUGCAAUAAAAGACUCAUUAUAGAUGA